AUGCGAGGAGUGCGGCGGAGCGCGCGUGGGGAAUCGUCCCGGAAGGCGGCGGAGCGGGACCGGGAGGUGGAGCGGUUCACGCUGUGCGGCAAGAUGUCCCACCUCACGAGGGCCACGUCGGAGCCGUGCCGCAGGGCUCGCGGCGCCGCUUCGGCGCUCCGGAAGAGGCCCUUCUCGGCGUUCGAGCUGGUGUCGGCGAGGGAGGCCGGCCGCGCGGGCGGCGCCGGGUUCUCCGCGGCCGACCGAGCCUACGUCGGCAGGCAGCACAUCCCCACCAAGGGGCCGUGGGGCGUUGACGACGUGGACAGCGAGGCCUACGUCUCGCAGUUCUCCGCUGAUGGCUCCUUGCUCAUCGCUGGGUUUCGGGGAAGCCGCAUCAGAGUCUACGACGCCGAGAAAGGGUGGAAGAUUCAUAAGGAUAUAAGCUGCAGAAUGGUGCACUGGACGAUUUCAGACAUUGCUCUCUCACCUGACCAACGAUUCCUUGCCUAUGCAAGUUUGUCGCCUACUGUUCACAUUGUGAACGUGCAGAGUGCUGGAAAGGAAUCACAUGCUAAUAUUACUGAAAUUCAUGAGGGAUUGGAUUUAACUGGUGGUGAUGAGGAUGAGGACUUUGGAAUAUUUUCUGUUAAAUUCUCAAAAGAUGGUAAAGAAAUUGUUGUUGGGAACAAUGAAAGGUCAAUAUAUGUUUAUGACCUUGCAACAAAUAAAGUGUCAGCCCGCAUCCGUGCUCAUAAAGCUGAUGUCAAUGCUGUUACCUUCGCUGAUGAAAGUGGAAAUGUGUUGUACUCUGGAAGUGAUGAUAGUUUCUGUAAGGUGUGGGACAGACGUUGCCUUUCAGGGGAAAAGUCAGCAGGUACUUUGACAGGUCAUUUAGAUGGAGUUACAUUUAUCGAUAGCCGUGGUGAUGGGCGUUAUUUCAUCUCCAAUUGCAAGGAUCAGAGAAUCAAACUUUGGGACAUCAGGAAAAUGUCUUCCGUCGCGAGAGCUCGCCCAGUGAGUCUAGUGGACUGGGACUAUAGGUGGAUGCCAUUUCCAUCAGAAGCCCACUAUGUUAAGCAUCCAGAUGAUCAGUCUGUGGCCACAUACAGAGGCCAUUCAGUUCUGCGAACGCUUAUCCGUUGCUAUUUCUCCCCUGUGCACAGCACGGGUCAGAGGUACAUAUACACAGGAUCCAGUGACAAGUCUGUACAUAUUUAUGAUGUGGUAAGCGGGAAGACUGUCAAGAGGCUUUCGUGGCAUGGCUCGAUCAUCAGAGACUGCACCUGGCAUCCAUACUACCCAACGCUUGUCAGCUCCUCCUGGGACGGCUAUGUUGCCCGCUGGGAGGCAUCGGGCGACGACGACGACCCUUCAGUGCUCGUCCACGACGAGAAGAAGGCAACCCCUUACUUCCGGAGAUACGCCGAUCCCUUCACAGAUCCCUUCAUGUGA